GACAAGAGUCUCUCCGGAUGAUAGUGUCGAGUUUCUUUUCUAACAUAAUCUUUACUCUCCAAUAGUCCAUUGAGAGACCAUUGAUGUAGGAGGAGGAAAAAACACCCAAAAAUUAUGGUGCAACAACUCCUAUCUUCUCCUUCAAACUUCACCAUUGGAACCCAACUCCAAGGACCAACUUCUCUCUCUUCCCAUAGUUCCAUUAGCACUAAAGCUAGCCAUUUUAAGCUAAGCAAAAACUGGGUAUCCCAUGUUUCUUCUUCAAAGCUCUCGCUUUCUGUAAAAUGUCGACAAUCUUCAGAAUACUUUGACAAAUCCCCUCCUAGAUUCUCUCCCUCUUACUCUGCAAACCCCCCAACUCCUGCUCCAGGUGGUGCACCUAGGGUUUUUGUGGGUCAUUCCAUAUACAAAGGGAAAGCUGCUCUUACCGUGGAGCCAAAAGCGCCGGAGUUUUUGCCAUUGGAUUCAGGUGCAUUUAAAGUUUCAAGGGAAGGUUAUGUACUGCUUCAAUUUGCUCCCGCCGCUGGUGUUCGUCAAUAUGAUUGGAGCAGAAAGCAGGUGUUUUCUCUUUCGGUGACUGAAAUUGGAAGUCUGGUGAGCCUUGGUGCAAGAGAUUCAUGUGAAUUUUUUCAUGAUCCAAACAAAGGAAAAAGUGAUGAAGGCAAAGUAAGGAAGGUGUUAAAAGUAGAACCGCUUCCAGAUGGCACUGGUUACUUCUUCAAUCUAAGUGUUCAAAACAAGCUUCUAAACUUGGAUGAGAACGUCUAUAUACCCAUCUCUAAGGCAGAGUUUGCAGUUAUUGUAUCGGCAUUCAACUUUGUCUUGCCAUACCUUUUAGGUUGGCAUGUCUUUGCUGAUUCCAUAAAACCCGAAAACAGCAACCGUGCCAACAACUCAAACACAAAAACAGUGGACUAUGAGUGGAAUAGAUAAGUUUGCCUUGUGUUAAAAAGGAAGUGAACUUGAGCUGAUAUAGUUAAAGAAGGUUUUUAUGUUUAUGUUAUUUAAAUUAGUGUUUGCAGUCUCAGGCUUUGGUUCUUUACAUCUGUAUUUGUAAUUCUAUUCCUUAAUCUCAUUAGCAACUAGGAAUUAAGUUUUGCGUUGUUUUAAUUUGAUGUUUAAGCUAAUUUGAUUAGUGGCCUGAUCUGUAUAUUUAUUUAUACUAAACUGGUUCGGCAAACUGUAAUUUUUUGGUUGAAAUCGAAGAAUGGUUGCACCAUGUGUUAAUACAA